AUGGAAGAAUACACUAAUAAUCCAAAUCCAAAUCCAAAUCCAAGGCCAAAUUUCUUGUAUAAUCAGAUUCCAAUGAACAACACCUUUCAUCUUCAAUCAAGAGGUUCGGAAAAUUGUUUUCAGUCGGAACAAGUACAUCACCAUCAUCAUCAACAACAAAGUGCUGUGAAAACUGAAUCUAAUUGUACUUCACAACUUCAUACUCCAAUUUUUCAUUACCCUAAUUUAAUGAGAACAAAUAUUAUUCCACAAACAAUUAUGAAUCAUCAUCAUCAUCAACAAGGUGGAGGAGGAAGUCCUAGUAGCUCUAAUGAAGCUGAUGCUAUAAAAGCCAAAAUCAUUGCUCAUCCUCAAUACUCUAGUCUCUUACAAGCUUACAUGGAUUGUCAAAAGAUUGGAGCACCACCAGAUGUGGUGGCUCGUAUGGUGGGAGAAUUUGAAGCAAGGCAAGAAUUUGAAGCAAGACAAAGAUCUUCAGUUAACUCAAGAGAAUCUUCAAAAGAUCCAGAGCUAGACCAAUUCAUGGAAGCAUAUUAUGAUAUGCUUGUGAAGUAUAGAGAAGAACUAACAAGGCCAAUACAAGAAGCUAUGGAUUUCAUGAGAAGAAUUGAAACUCAGCUAAAUAUGCUUUGUAAUGGACCCCUUAGGAUCUUCCCAGAUGAUAAAAAUGAAGGAGUUGGUUCAUCAGAAGAAGAACAAGAGAACAGUGGUGGAGAAACCGAUCAAGUUCCAGAAAUCGAUCCUCGAGCGGAAGACCGUGAACUGAAAAACCAUCUCCUGAAGAAAUACAGUGGUUACUUAAGUAGUCUUAAACAAGAACUUUCCAAGAAGAAAAAGAAAGGAAAACUCCCUAAAGAAGCUAGACAAAAACUACUCAACUGGUGGGAAUUGCACUACAAAUGGCCAUACCCUUCAGAAUCGGAGAAAGUGGCAUUGGCUGAAUCAACAGGUUUGGAUCAGAAGCAAAUAAAUAACUGGUUUAUAAAUCAAAGAAAGAGGCACUGGAAACCAUCUGAAGACAUGCAGUUUAUGGUGAUGGAUGGACUGCAUCCACAGAGUGCAGCUCUUUAUAUGGAUGGUCAUUACAUGCCUGAUGGACCUUACCGUUUAGGGCCAUAA